CAUCAUGCCCCCCAGACGCAGAACGUCGUAUGGAAGUAAUCCUACUCCACCUGCAGCUGCAACCCCGAGGAGCAGCGGUUCUGGGGCGCAUCCCGGCAACGGCGGGCAACAUCAACCGCGUGGAGGUGCAAGAGUGCAAUCACCCACGACGACUGGCGCCCAUCACACGACCACGGGAGCACGAGCGGGACACCAGCAGCAUGGUGCGGCUGGAACACAGCGGCCCUCCCGGGAAGAAAAACCAGGAAGCAACCCCACCAUGAUGGAUAGAAUGAGUAACCUGCUUAAUGGGAAUAGCGCCGCGGCGGGGAGGACGGCGAGCACGGCGAGAGCAGCUGCUCCUGCUUCAGCAGCUGCCCCGGGGCAACAAGUACCGGAAGUAGAUGACAGCAGCUUCCAGCAUAAGAGCGAUAAGGAGUACGAACUGGGCGUGGACAUAAAGAGGCGCAUCGCGCAGUUCUUUGCGACAUCAGAGGACCCUACCCACGUGAAGAACGCCGAAGCGCAAUCAACGGCUGCGAAGCUGGCCACCGAGUACUGGAAGUGGGCGGCAAAGUCACGAAAAGUGAAAUCCAUUACCGAAGCGAUAGUCCACGACUUCAAGGACGCGCGGUUUGCCCAGCUGCAGUAUUUUCGAAAGGAAUUCAGCGAGGGAUUUUACCACACCUUCCUAGCGCAUAACAAGCAUGGAAGCGGGCGGAACGGGCACUCUCACCAUCAUCGCAACAUCCGGCAUGUGUUCGAAACGGAUUUAUGCUGCGAGAAAAAAAUGCUACAGUUAAUAAACCCAAGUACACUCUAGUAUCGACUCCAACAACUGCAACACGAAUGCGUGACGCAUGACAAGAAACUACUAGACUUGCAAUGCGAUUGCUGCUGUAGGCUGAAAGGGGAUCUACAUCUACUUCGCAAAGAGGAUUGUCGUUAUCCAUUGUCAUGAAGCUAUGCUUCCUCUGAAUGUCUUGCAUGAUACAGCUUUAUCCUCUACUUGCCGGUUUUAAUGCGUGUUUUGCAACUGCUAGGUGCUUCGCAGAAAUAUUGUGCUGCUAGCUAUAGCUUUUUUUUUUUGUUUCAUAGGGCCCCGACAAGCUGUACUCGGUUUCUGAGUUGGUGAAGAAGUACUCCGAACCGGUGACGCACCUAGUCGUAUGAACUGCAAAUGUAUCGUACUCGUAUAAAUGGAUGCAUUACAAAUUUUCUCAGCAUAAAAAUUUGCAAUGCUGAUUUGCCCCUUUGACAAAGAAAUUUGUAAUGCUGCAAGACCUUCCUGCAUUUAAAUUUAUACGAGUACGAUACUUUUGCACUGCAUAAGUCGGUAUGUUUGUCGAUGAACUGGGAAAGCAAAAGAAGAGCGGACACAACUUUGUCGGAAAUCGAGUCGACGCAUUUCCUCACGAACAAGUACCCACCUUGAAGCAGGGCUUGCGAACGUCCGCGGGUCUAAGCGCGGAAGGAGUGCAAAAACUCCUCUGGAGCGAGCUUAUUCCCCAGCACGACGCGGACGCGAUUCUACACGGACACCGCCUCCCCAUCGACUACGCUGCAACCCACAAGCAGGUUUUCGACGCGGCCAACGCGAUCACCGAGGGGCGACUAAGCGAACAGAUAGUGCACGACUCCCACGACUAUCAAGAACAAAUUAAGAACCAUAAGCACAAGCAAAAAGAGUGGCGGCAAUUGAAACGCGAAGGAAAAGCUGAUUUAUUAAUGCGCGAAAAAUUCGCCAACAACUACUGGGCAACCUUCCUUGACUUCAAGCGCCGCUCCUUGUCGUAUUUUGCUGAUGAACUAGCAUCAAAAAAGGAGGGAAAGAGCAACGAAGACCCGCCGGAUGUUCAUAGCCGGAAGCACGACCUGUUUCACCACAAGGACAACGCACUGAAACUGAAGCUGUACCAAGCGCUAACCAGUCGGGCGCUGAACAUUCGCGUAGAGGUUGGGUAUUCGAACAAGGGCAAAUGGUCCGACAUCCAGCGAGACGGUGAUCAAAAAGGACCGCCUACGCUGGCGAACUAUUGGGAGAAGAGACUUCCUCCGCAGCAGUUCGGGUCAGCUGUGUCCUCGAUGUUACGCGAGGAAGGUUACCAGGCCGAGCAAGCUGGAAAGCAUUUGCGGCGCUUCGAACCGAUCCUCCAGGAGAUACUACCAGGACCCACGCCGGAGGGUAGUCCUAGUCGACUGGAACCAAGUCGUCUUACCGACGGUGCGCGAGAGCAGCUGGGAGUAACACAAGAGGACCCCUACUGGUACGAAUACAAACCCUUGCCACCGCAAGUGCCCGAGAAGUACCCAGCAAUGCCCGAGGAGCUAGCGCACAAAGUCACAGAGCAGUUGCAAAAGAGACAGCGAGAAGGGCGACGCUUAUCCGGCCCUUCCCCCGGCUGUCAGUUUUAUGGAGGCGUCAAGGUCGACAUCGACACAGGUGAAAAAAUAUGUCAUCGUCAUGCAUAAGUAUUAAAAUCUCAAUCCCAGUCCGGCUCCCAGUUUCUUCAUUGGCGCAUGACAUAUUCUGGCAGCACCGACAUCCAAUUUGUCAUGAUAUUUGGCGGCCACAGAAGACUCCGACUUCUUUUGUCUCGCUACUUCACUUAAAGCGAUCGCUAUCUGGUGCCAACAAGAACAGGUAGAGGCGUAGUCGCAGAAGAUUUGCAUCCACUUGCCCUCGACGCUGCAAGACUGGUAUUUAUUUUUAUGCAUCGCAGAGCAGUUCAACUUUGCCGAAGAUUCGAAGCCUGACGCCCCCAUGCGCUUGGAGGUGAUCGUGACAGGGCCAGCACUUCUUUCUUCGCCUUUGACGAUCGGGCUCCAGACCAACAAGUAACCGCAGGCGGGCAAGGACAGCUCACCGCACUUUCGGACGAAAACGACGUCGACCUGCUGGAGCAUGAUCUUCAUCAAGUAGUGCAAGCGUCAUCGUCACUUCUGGAGGAAAAUAAGAGCAGCAACAGUACAUCCACCACUGCCGAGAUCCAGCAGAAGGAGAAGAUCUCCAGUGCCGGGGAGCUGCUUGAUUCGUCAGCAACUUCUACAACAUCUUUGGGGACGUCCCUGGCCCCAGCCAACCAACACGUCCACGAGGGAGGUUCGCCGGCAGAACAGCGCUCUACCGCGGCAGAGAAUAGUCCUCCUGCAACUAAAAAUGAGAAAAACGAGAACAGCCGCGGGGACGACGAUCACCGCUUGAGUCGCAAGUACGAGUCAAUGGAACAACACCAGGUGAAGAAGGUAGCUGGCACAAUUCCUACUUCGCCAGGACGCCGGCAGAGGGAACAAAUAACACACAUCUCCACGAGGCCCAGAAAGCUGCGGGAGAGCACCAAACUCCGUAUUAAGCAGGAGGAUGGGAUUCCAGUCAAACAGGAGAAUGAAUUAGAUGAUGCUGAGCGUCACGACAGGACCGUCAUGCCUCAGCCCCCGGCGAUCAUUUCCCCAGGUAUUUUAUUGCUUCGGCAAAUGCAUUCAAAUCUUAACAACGCAAGUCACUCUUGGCUACAGCAACUCGCACACCACAAGAUGGGGGCAUCGGCAUGCUCGCACUUUUUUUCUCCCUAGCCACCACGCAGCGUCUGUCUUCUUCGUUAAGGAAGUCGAUUAUGUUUCAUUGUUGUGAUGAAAAGUAAUUGCAUCUCAAAUGAUCUCUUCGCAGGACGACACACGGACUACACCGAGGGCUACAAGGACGAUGAGAAGGAUCACGCGCUAGCGCUUGCGCAGCCAUCAGAAAAUACCUCUCCGAUGAUCGACGCAGCUGAUAUGCUAUUUCAAAGCAGCACCAUCACCCUGUAUCAAGAACAUCAAUUUGUGACGAUGUUGCGAAACAUCCUAGUUACGUUGUACAGUGCCUAGUACUAGUACUAGUACUACCUGCACUUUUUAUUCUGUAUGUACUAUGUAGUAGUUAUUUGUGUGAUGAGUUGUAAUUAUGCAUGGGUGAUCGUAGCUGCCAUUUCACGCGGGAUAGUACCUCCACGGGACGAUCAUCUGCUCACCAGCGAAACGGAUUUGGACACCAGCGAAAGGACUGCUCCCUCCACCAUGACAAGCUGGUUUAACGACCUGGAAAUCAUGGCGGGUGUUGAUCCCCAUGCUGGGCGGCUAUCGACGUCUCCUGCGAUUAAAGUGGCGUCGUCGGGCGAACAGAGUGGGACGUGGACGAGGGAAAAUUCUACUAGGUCUAUCACUAUCACGCCGCUUUCGUCGUCCCAUCAACAGGUUGGUGAUCAUCACCCUGGAGGUCGUCGUCCCUCUGUGGUGUUACCCGCCAGCACGAGUUCCUCAUCAGCCGAAGAUCAGGUGGCACAGCAGACGUUGAUGCUCGGCUUCGCUUCCAAAUUCCUCGCGGUCUUUUCACGGUUUUUGGUAGCGACUGGCUCCUCCUCAAGCUCCGACGACGAACAGCAGGCCUCCUCUCCGUUUGGCCCGCGCGUGGUAUGAUAGUGGACAACUAGUUCUAAUCCUGUAGAUUUAGAGCGUUUGCAUGGCAGGUGGAGCAGCAUUAGAACAAACAAACAAAGCAGCCUAUACUGCAUGACGAAUUUAUACCCCGACCCAACUACGGUAGUGCGCUUAUUUCUUCGAGUACCGUUGCAGCUUGUCAUGCAAGUCUUCCAAGUAGUACAAGGGGCCCUGGAUAUUGCGUGGUAGAAUACCAAACAAGAACAACCAGGACGAGCUGGAGAUCGACAGGCGAGUUGUUCCGUAUCAUACGCGAUGCUCCCGGCGGGGAUGUUGUACAGCGACGCCAUCGCGUAUCGCAAGAAAAAAACUGUUUCACGAGGCACAGGAGGCAACGCGGAGGAAGUGUUUGUCUUGCUUCUACACAUGCAGAAUGAAAAACUUGUGAUGCGAACAAACGUGCAAAUAAUAGAUACAUCAUCACAGUGAAACGCCUUUUUCUUUACGAUAUCGGGUGCUUGCUGUUGAUCAUCAUCUUUUUCUGUGGUCUGGUUGCGGCCGUGAAGGGGUGCAGCUCCAGUUGUAGUACUUCCAGUAGAUCAAGAACGUCGUUGUUCGCCUCGAACAGUCGCAGCUGUCGCGAGCCGCACGGGACGAGGGAGGAGGAGGAGGAAGAGACGCAGCUUAUCGCACGACAGAAGAACUUCUUUUGCAACAGCUGCAAGGUGCUGGACUACAAACACUCUUCGGGUUCGGCGUUGAUGAAGAACCACGACGAUGAAAGUAGUUUUUCCACAACUUGUACGACAACUAUCCUGGUGUUCUCUCUGUGCAACAAAACCGCGGUCGCAGUCGGAAUUUUGGUUUUCGUCGGGUUCAGCUAUUUUGCGGCCACAAUGCCGGAAGUACUGUUCGGAAAUGAUCGGCAAUUAUACGGGCAGCAACGAAAAUUCCUCGGGGAGCAGCUCGUCUAUGCGUUGCAACUAAUUGUAAUCUGGGUCUGGAAAAGUGUUGUUUCUAUUGCGUGUCCUCUUGUUGCACUUGUGCUUGUCCCAGAAAAAAAUCUACUCUGCAUUGCGUGCGGUGGACCGGGAGGCAGCGCUGAAUUCUUCGUCAUGCAAGACAACGCUGGCUGUAAUCUGGUGUGCGGGUGGACGCACGACUUCACUUGAAACAACAACAAUUUAAGAAAGUACUUAUCCACACUCCAGCAUAACAAGGUGGUUCUUACCAGACCCAGAACGAUACUUGCACUUCAUACGGCCACCCAUACUGCGACCGCUGCGGUGCUGUUGUUUUUAUCCUCUGAAAAAUUGUCGAAAUCGUGCCCAUCUACGAAAGUUUGUCAUGCCAGAAUCAAUCAGAAUGACACGACAGCUAGAAUUUUUUAUGCGUCAUGUGCAUGACCAGGUAGGUGUUGAAGAUGGCCGCGAUUUUGCAUAGCAUAGCAGUUCCUCAUGCUGUACUACGUGUUAAACAGACACCACGCGCGGCGUCUGCAUGUUAUGAGAGUGCACAACUGUCCUCCCUCGCUCUCAUUUGUAUUUGGCAUGAACAGCAAUACGAACACCAGCUGCGCACGUGGAGCCUAUGCAUGACAAACUAAUGUGCCCGAUGCAGUGCCGUUCCGGCUUCCGGAAUCUGUCGUGCAAACAGUGCAGCAAGGGGGGAGUGACUGGACUAUGGGGUUUUGCAUGACAAAUCAAGGGGACGAAGGGCGGGAGUUGUGCCCCGUCAUACAUGUCAAAAAUGAACGAGAAAAUGGAAGCAAUCCGGUGCUUUCCAAAUACAACAAAUCCACACUCCACCACAAUGUCUAGUCCUACAGGGCAGAAAAACCUCAUGUUUAAUUCGGAGAAGUUGAAGCUUUUCAUUUCGGGACUUUGCUAUAAUUACAGUAGUUGAGUUUGGUCGCAUCCCAUGUUCGUGGUUUCACUCUGACAAUUUAUCGAUUUAGUUAGUUUUAGCUUUUUGUGAUUAUCCGCGUUUUUCUCUUUUUCAUUUUACGCACAGCUUAUGUUUCAAUUUCAUGAUAGUACUCAGCCAGCAUUGAUGUUGUUGAAGUUUCAACUUUAUGAGAAAAGUCAGGCUAUUAAUGUAGGCAUCGCUAUCACACUCACACAUCUUCGUCCUCGUCAAUGUAUAAUAAUGUUGACAAAUUUCAAUUUCAAUUUGAGAAAAGCUAAUCAAUGCGAGCUAGCAAAGCGAUAAACUUUAUUUGCCAGUGCCAGACUGGCGGAAACAGUUACCAUUACCAUUAGAAGCGACCUCGAGCAGCUCCUUCUUCGUUCAAUUGGGACGACGACGAAGCAAGCAGCGUCUUCUUGCAAUAUUACCCAAACUGGAACUACGAGAACGUUGUGGAGGUGGUCAUACGCUUGCUGCAACAAGCUGCACGACUUUGUCCAGGGCCAGAGGAAAUGUUUCGAGGAGGAAGACGUUUGGCUCAGUAGACUCGCACCCGUCGGCCUGUGUGACACAUAGUAUGUAUCGUCUUGAAGUUUCGUUUUCCUUGCCCGUCAGAGAUGAAAUUCAAAUUCUAAACACCGAAUAAAGUCGCAACCUGUACAAGCUGUCUCUGUUGGACACAGUAAUGGGCGUGGAUAGACACAU